CAAUAUUCUCCAAUUUUACUAUUGCGGUAAAAUAUUAGCUCACACAAUUACCCCACCGUUGGGUCCAAAUUAACAAAUCAAUUCUUCUCCAACUCCUACACGGCUCUGAAAUGUCCCUCGUUUCGUCUAUAACCCCACACCCAUCCGAUUCUCGCAGUGUUGAAAGGAAAACAAAACUAGAGCGAGUUGUGCACUGGCUUUCUUUGAGCUCGAAAUAUAGACUUACCGACGGAAGCUCAGCUCCAUUGAGCGAGAAUACGGAAAAUAUUCCUCACCUUGACCACGAUAGCUCAAACAAUAUCGGACAAACGUGCAAGUCUUGCAGGGAGCGAAACUCCAAGUGUGAUGGGAAACAUCCAAGGUGUUCAAGUUGUUUAUACGAGCAGUUGAUGUGCUUUUAUGUCGGGUCGAGUAGGAAAUGAAUGUGUAAGGGGAACGACACUUAUCAUUUCUCUAGUAAAAUUAUUCGUCUCCAAAGCCGUUGAAUCUUGUUGUAGAAUGAUCUGUCUCGUCGAAUGAAUUAUAGCUACUUCUUUCGAUUUUGAUAGUACCUCUUCUAACGAGCUUGGAGUUGGAAGCCAGUCUCAAUUGUGCGAUCUAAUCAUUUCACUCCUGACAGAGAGAGCUCAGAGAGGGCGUGCAAUUUGUGAGAUUUGUCAUUUACCGACUGAAUCAAUGCAACUUUAUUCAAAUACAAGACCG